AUGGAUGAACAACUCAUUCAAGCACUGGAAGAUCCAACUAAACUACACUACAAAGAGUUGUGGCUGGCUGAAGAAGAUCAAUUGAGACGCAAUGUAUUGGAAUUGUUUGCCUUUGGAACGUUAAAAGACAAACCCGAUGAUAUGACCUUGACAAGUCUAAUGCAAAAGAAACUGCAGAAACUCUCGAUCGUUUCUCUCAGUGAACUACGCCGGGAGCUAACAUACACUGAGAUCCAACACGAAUGCCAGAUCUCAGACAUUAGCACACUAGAAGAGCUUCUAAUCGAGCUACGACACUUUUUCGAGGUUAAACUAGACUCCGUACGACAAGUAGCCACUAUCGGUCGAUUAUACGAUUGUCGGGAGGUCUAUUGUAAUGAGCGACCUCUCCAACUGGUCCAAACCCUCCCUACCACUAAACAAUCCCUGCUUCAGGACCUACAUCGAUGGAAAGACAAGCUGCAAACCGAUAUUAUAGGUGAAUAA